AUGAGCGCAUACUGCACAAGCUACUACAAUGCAGAGAAAGUGUUUGUAAACGGGUUCAGUUGCCCCAAACUGGAUAGCGAUGCACAAGCGCUUUUCUGCUGCGGCUUCAAUGACAUGAAAUACUGUUGUGAUGACCCCAACAGUUUUUUCCCAUAUGAGUAUGGAUACAUGUGGUGGCUGAGUCUGGGAGCUCUGGUUGGCCUGUCAAUAGCAGCUGUGGUCCUGCUGGCCUUCAUCAUCACCAUAUGUGUCCUGUGCUACCUAUUCAUUGCAACCAAACCCAGAGGCCUGGACAACGGCCUGCCCCUUCAAGCACCACGUGCUGAACCCAGUCCAAAAGAGGGGCAGAGUCAAAGCCAGAGUCAGAGUUUCCCCAGCAACCCUCCUAAGGGUUCCCAUGGGUUUAGAAAGCACUUCCUGAGGGGAAAACUGGACUGUGAUAACCAGCCUCCAGACCCAGACCGCCUUUUCCAGAGGUGCUUCAUGGCUACAGUCACCACCAUCACCAAGAUGGAGGGAUCCUCAUAGAGAGGCCAAGGCUACUAAAACCAGUAUAGACAGAUGAGAGGAAGACAGCUGUCCCCUGCUCUCUCUGCUAGACAAUGUUUUUCAACUUUAAAUCUGUGUGAUAGUUAAUGUCUCUCUCUUUUACACAUUCUAAAUGUUCCUGUUCCUCUCUUCUUCUUUCUGUCUCUUGACUAUGUCUAUCAUGAAUGUACCAACUAAUCGUGUCAGGUGCCUCACAGACAG